UGAUCGUGGACCAUAGCAGACGUGUUUAACUAUUUUUUUGACUAUUCGGUGGUUAUUUCUAAAUUCGGUCUUAUAACGAGUAGUCGUACAAAACAAAAUAAUUUUUGGUGAAAUUAAAGUAGUUAUUUUAAGAAAAUAAAGUCAUGGCACCAAAUUCCAUGAGUGAAGCUGGUACAAGCAGUGGGACUUGUAAUACAGUCAAAACAAAUAAAACUGAAACUGAUGCCGUACCAAAAUUAGGCGAAGGUGAAGUGGAAUGGACGUGGACAUGGAGGGACAUAAAACCUUUGAAUACAACCGUACUUAUAUAUCUUCACAUUGCUGGAAUUCAAGCUUUUUUUAAUAUGCCACACUGUUGGCAAACGUACUUAUUCCAAUUUAUAAUUCUCCUUGGAUCUGGCUUCGGCGUAACCGCUGGAAGUCAUAGAUAUUUCACACAUAAAUCGUAUAGAGCUAAUUCAGCAUUAAGAUAUUUCUUAAUCUUCCUUCAAACUCUAUCUGCACAAGAAGACAUCAUUAAAUGGGUGCGAGACCACAGAGUCCAUCAUAAAUUUACAGACACAAAUGCAGAUCCUCACAAUUCUUCAAGAGGAUUUUUCUUCUCGCACAUGGGAUGGUUGUUCAUCAGAAAACAUCCAGACGUAACAACAUUUGGCAAAAAAGUUGACAUGAGUGAUUUGGAAAAUGACAAGUUCUUGCUCUUCCACAAGAAAAUUUACAUGCCAGCAUCAUGGGUCGUUGCAUUCAUUGGGCCAAUUUGUAUCUGCUAUUAUGGUUGGGGUGAAGAUUUCAUGUGCGCAUAUUAUUUGAAUAUGCUUCGUUACAUUUUGGGCCUUCAUGUAAAUUGGAGCAUUAACUCUUUCGCUCAUAUUGUUGGAAACCGUCCAUACGACAAAAACAACUCAUCAAGAGACAGCCCACUGUUCGGAUUCCUUGCAUUCGGUGAAGGAUGGCAUAACUUCCAUCACGCUUUUCCAUGGGAUUAUAAGACUGGCGAAAGAGGAGAUUACUUCACAAAUUUUUCAUGCAUCUUCAUUGACUUCUUCGCAUGGCUAGGUUGGGCAACUGAUUUGAAAAUUGUUCCUGAUGCAGUCAUUAAAGCUCGUGUGUUAAGAACUGGUGAUGGAUCACAUCCUUACAGCAUUGAAGCAAGAAAGAAGAAUCCUAAUUUCCAAGAAGAACUUAAGAAUAAUAAUGAAGGCGAAAGAGACUUGGAUCAUUUCUGGGGAUGGGGUGAUGGUGAUAUGGCUAAAGAAGAUUUAGCUGGAGUUGAUAUCAAGCAUAAGCAUUAUGAAUAAAUUUAGUUCUAUAUUUUUGGUAUGGGAGGAAUUAAGUGUACAUAUGAUUUUUA